AUGGAAGCGUCAGGUGGGCCAUGGUGUGUAGUCAAUCCGCAGAUACCAGACCAUGUGGUACAAGCAGCCGUAGAUUGGACUUGUCAACAGAACGUAGUCUGUAGCAAGAUUCAGCCUGGCCAACCUUGCUUCGACCCGCCCAACACUAUCGAUGACCAUGCCUCUGUUGUUUUCAAUACUUACUACCAGCAUUAUAAGCACAACGGCGGUUCUUGUUAUUUCCAUAGGGCUGCAGUGAUCAUCCACACCGACCCUAGUCAUGGUUCUUGCCACUUUAAGUAUGCCCCAGAUUCUAAGGAAAGAGCAAAGAUGACAUGA